GUGGGAGAUAUAACCUAAUGGGUGGGGGAAGGGCCCGCUCUUGGGGUGCAUUAUGUACCCCGGCCUCCCUGCCCAUAUAACUCCACAUCCUGCUGGCUAAUUAGCAGCUCGUUAGGGGAGGCGCAGGCUGCACUGCUGCUUAAGGAGCCCUGUGUGCACUUUGCAGCCAUUUGGCUUUUGGAUUUUAUUUGUGUAACAGAGGUUGGACCCCCAAACUAAACCCCCCCAGCCCAGGAGCCGGGAGUCUGUGGAUCCACUUGCUGAAGGUUCGUUUGCGUAACAAAGGGGCUAAUUAGAGAGGGCGGAGCCUCAGGAUGAGAGACCCCUCCAGUCUGUACGCAGGAUUCCCAGUUGGAUCCCAGUAUGAAAGUGUGGAGCCUCCCAGCCUUGCCCUGCUGAGCUCCAUAUACCAGGAGCAGGUCCCGGCCGCCCCCGGCCAUUCCUAUGAGCAGUGUGCCCAGCCUUGGCCGCCCUUGUACCGAGAGGGGGGCACCUGGAGCCCAGACAGAGGCAGCAUGCAUGGGCUUUCCCCGGGCACCCAGGAGGGCUCCUGUACCCAGGCCGAGGGCACCAAGGACUCGCUGGGAGGGGACGAGACCCUGUCGAGGAAGAGCAAGAAGAAGAAUUACCAUCGCUACGCCAAGCCACCAUAUUCCUACCUGGCCAUGAUCGCCCUGGUCAUCCAGAACUCCCCCGAGAAACGGCUCAAACUCUCCCAGAUUCUGAAGGAGGUCAGUACACUUUUUCCCUUCUUUAAAGGGGACUACAUGGGUUGGAAAGACUCCAUCAGGCACAACUUGUCCUCCAACGACUGCUUCAAGAAGGUUCUCAAGGACCCUGGAAAGCCCCAGGCCAAGGGUAACUUCUGGACGGUCGACGUUUCCCGGAUACCUCUGGAUGCUAUGAAGCUGCAGAACACUGCGUUGACCCGUGGUGGAUCAGACUACUUUGUCCAGGACUUGGCUCCAUACAUCCUACAUAACUAUAAAUAUGAGCACAACGUAGGGGUGUAUGCUCCUCACCAUAUGCCAAGUCAUGCCAGCUCCCUUCCCCUGGCAGAGGACCCUCACCAGACCAACACUGGCGGCAAACUCAACACCUCCUUCAUGAUUGAUUCCCUACUCAAUGACCUGCAGGAUGUGGACCUGCCUGAUGUCCCCAGGAACAUUGAGAGCCAAAGGAUCUCUCCGGCCGUAGCCAUAAACAAUAUGUGGAGCUCGGCUCCUCUUCUCUACCCGCAGUCCAAGCCAACGAGGAAUGGCAGGGGCCCUGGCUUCUCCGCCAGUCAUUCCACAUACUCCUCUUCCAGCUCCAGCAUUUCCACAAUCUCCCCUGUUGGGUUUCAGGAGACGCAGGAGAGGAGUGAAGACUUGCUUGGUCGGCAAACUCAAAGGCUUGGCUUUCCCACCAAACGGCCGAGAGAGGAUGAUGGCUGCAGCACCCCAUCAUCAGAUACUGACGCAGGGAACUAUUCUCCCACUGAGCCCCCCAAAAAGAUGCCCCUGCUUUCUUUGGACUUGCCCACUUCUUACACAAAGAGUGUGGCACCCAAUGUAGUGGCACCACCCAGUGUCCUGCCCUUCUUCCACUUUCCUCGCUUCACCUACUAUAAUUAUGGACCUUCCCCCUACAUGACCCCACCAUACUGGGGUUUUCCUCGUCCUACAAAUCCUGGUGGGGAUAGCCCACGUGGACCCCAAACUUCCCUGGAUUUAGACAACAUGUUAAAGACUGUGCCACCCAACAAGAGUGUUUUUGAUGUGUUAACCAGUCACCCUGGUGACCUUGUCCAUCCUUCCUUCCUCGGUCAGUGCUUGGGCAGCAGUGGCAGCCCCUACCCAAGCAGGCAAGGUCUAAUGUAGAGACAAAGGCCUCCUGGCCUGACCUGGAGUGGACAAUGCAUGAAAUUGAACCUGGAUAGCAGGUGGUCCUUCUUUACUGAGUUCAUAUAUUAUAUGUAGAUAAUGUGGCCCCUAUUUGAGGGGGGGGAGGGAGGAAGAGACCUUGAGUUUUUGUAUAUUGCUGCUAUUUUUAUGCUGCCCCCUGCUGUUAUGAUUCUGACGGGGGGCCUUGUGCCCUACAUAUUAUUGCACUAAUGCUGAGAUGCUGUUCUUAUACUCUCCCUACCCAGGGGCAGUCUGGGCAUGGGCACAGUUGCCCUAGAUGGUGGGUAUGACUGAGGCCACAUAGCUUCUGUGGGCACCAUUAUAAUAACCAGUAGCCUUUAACUUGCCAGGGAUGCCAGUGGAGGCUGAAAGGCAGGAUACCCACUGGUGCCAGUGGGUACCAGUACAGAUUGGCCCACAGGCUGCUGGUACCGAUGCCCCUUGCACUAAAGACCAGUAGCGUGUGUGUGUGUGUGUGUGUGUAUAUAUAAGGGGCUUCUGAGAGGGCCCCCAACGCUGGAAUCCGACGCCCCUAGUCUGACUUUCCCAAAUCUGAGUGUCAGUAGGAGAAAUGACUGGUCGGGCUUACAAGCCUGCGCUUCCCUGACUGGGACUGGCACAUCUGUGGGCAGUCGGGCAUUAGUCCCAGCAUCUCCCAGGGGCAAAGGCUAAUGGAAUUCUGGGACUUUGUAUGGAUGAAGGGGAAGAUCUGCCUGAUAUUGAGGGUUAUUUUUAUUUAUUACGUGAAGUUUGCCCCUCCCACUGCGCGGCCUUUAGGGAUCAUGAACACCAGUCGGGAAAAUUUGUUUUAUACUUUUUUUUAUUUGAAUGUUUUUAGUUUUGGACAAGAGCUUUAUCCCUGGUCCCUGAAUGGGUUCAGUUUGGGACGAGCUUUAGCCCUGGUCCCUGAAUGGGUUUUAGUUUGGGACGAGAGCUUUAGCCCUGGUCCCUGAAUGGGUUUUAGUUUGGGACGAGAGCUUUAGCCCUGGUCCCUGAAUGGGUUUUAGUUUGGGACGAGAGCUUUAGCCCUGGUCCCUGAAUGGGUUUUAGUUUGGGACGAGAGCUUUAGCCCUGGUCCCUGAAUGGGUUUUAGUUUGGGACGAGAGCUUUAGCCCUGGUCCCUGAAUGGGUUUUAGUUUGGGACGAGAGCUUUAGCCCUGGUCCCUGAAUGGGUUUUAGUUUGGGACGAGAGCUUUAGCCCUGGUCCCUGAAUGGGUUUUAGUUUGGGACGAGAGCUUUAGCCCUGGUCCCUGAAUGGGUUUUAGUUUGGGACGAGAGCUUUAGCCCUGGUCCCUGAAUGGGUUUUAGUUUGGGACGAGAGCUUUAGCCCUGGUCCCUGAAUGGGUUUUAGUUUGGGACGAGAGCUUUAGCCCUGGUCCCUGAAUGGGUUUUAGUUUGGGACAAUGACCAAAAAAAAUGAGCGGGUUCAAAAGUGCUUUUAAAGGUCAAAUUUCCCACGUCUAAGCCACAUUAACCCCCCUCUCUCCUGUGCUGUACCCCCUGUACUCUUGGGGGACAAAGGAUAAGGAGGAGAGGGGCACAGGCCCUGAGCUAUAUAUGGGGGGCCCACAAACCUUAAUAAAAGGGGCAAUAUAAUAAGCUCAGGGGAUCUUCACCCUGGGGUCCAUUGGCCUCUGUGUGUUCCCAAACAUGGAAUUGUCUGUUGUGAUUUCCCUAUAGACUGAUAGUGCCCCCUAGUGCCGGAUCCAAGCAAUGCCGGUACUUAUACACUGGGCCGAGCUUUGGGCCUGGAGAUAUUGAUGGGAAUCUGGCUCUGGGAAUCUGUUGUAAGAUGAAACUGUAAAUGCAGUGAGGGAUGAAUGGAUAUUGGGAAGCUGCACAGAAUAAUACAGACAAUAGUACUUGGGUGUAGUUCCCCUUUAAUCUCUACUGAUGUGGCGCCGGAAGCCAUUUUGGAUUGGACAUUUGGGUUUCUUACAUUGUUUUGCCUAAUAAAAUGUUCUCGUGGUAGCGGGCCCCCGGGCCCCAUGCAGUAUCCCCCUUCCUCUGGGCCCCGGGCUCUAUGGAUCUCUGUGCAAUAGAAAAGCCUGUUUAUAUCCUGGAAAUACUUGAUUGUGUGUUUGUGUGACCCGAGUUCCCGCCUGUACUUUGUGCCAUGAAUAAAACCGCGCUUGCACUUUAA